UAUAAACAAGCAUGUCUUUUAUUCCCGGCUUCCACAACACAACAUCUCCCAAGCGGCAGUUCUACAUGGACCUGAUGCUGCAGUGCACUGGCCUCCUCCAAGGGCAGCGCAAUCUGGUUACGAACACAGCCAACAUCUCGUCCCUUGUCUACCACAGCCUCCUCGAGACACCAACGCGUGCUGACAAGCCCGUCAACUGGGUUGGCUUCUAUUUCCAGGACUCCACGAACCCAGACUCCCUGAUCCUGGGCCCGUUCCAGGGCAAGCCGGCAUGCACGCAGAUCACCUUUGGCCGUGGCGUAUGUGGAACCGCCGCCAAGGACGCCAAGAGCGUGGUGGUCGCCGAUGUGCACGAGUUCCCUGGCCACAUUGCGUGCGAUGCGGCAUCAAACUCGGAGAUUGUGGUGCCGCUAAAGGCGGCCAACGGAGGGGUUCUGGGCGUGUUUGACAUUGACUCGUCAGUAAAGGAUGCCUUCGACGACGACGACCGGAUUGGACUGGAGGCCAUUGCCAAUUUGGUGGUCGAGGCCUCCGACUUUUGAGAUGAAAUGUAUUUAACAACGCAAUAAAUGAUGGUUUAGCCAAGCUGGCUGGUGAGCUCUUGAGAAGCUUUUUGGAUACUGCUGCG